GAGAACGCGCUUUGCGCUGUGCCAGGAGCGCUCCCGUUUUGUGCCGCGUGCUCGUGUGUAAUGCGCGCUACCCACGGUGCUUGUCUUGUGAAGAUGGCUACGGAGCUGUGGAACCGAGUGGAGAUCGUACGUCCUUGUACCAUAUCGACGAUAAACUUCAGUUUUAGCAAGGGCACAGGUAAGUGCGUAAAGGGCCUUCUCCGUCACUGUCAUAACGUCUUGGAUUUGCUGAGGAGCAAAGCCUUCAAACUGGAAGUUUCAGUCUUGCACGGAAUUCUGUAUUCAUACAACCAUCGGCUUCACCAUCAUAAGCCCUUUAAAGCCAUGAAACAGGUAGAUCAAUGUCUAAAACGUGUGUAUGAUAUGAAACUGGAAGCCAUCCUUCAAGAUCUUAAGGACAUGUGUCCCACGAUACUCCCAAAAUCCACGCCUAAGGGGAGUGUACAUGAAGUGCCAAGCCAGCCGAUGUUGGAGUGGUUUUUACUUAAAAUACUGGGAAGCUGUAAGCUUUUGCUUUGUGCUAUGGACAGUUGCAGCAAGGCGUUUCAACUGUCCGUGCAGUUCAUCCGAUGGGAGGAGUACAUUGUCUUGAAUGUGGUUGUUAUUGGAAUGUUAAGCAGGCUAUGGGUUCUGUUCAAAGGCGUUCUGCAAUGUAUGGCACCUCUUUAUGAGAACACAUUUGCUCUAACACAAGAGGUUUCCCACGUGCAACAGUUGCCCUUUGUGAAAGAUUUUACAUUUCCAUGUGAUAUCGCCAGUUUCCUAGGCCCAGCUUAUCUGGAAGCUGUAAACAUGGCACCGCCAAAAGUUCCAGUGAUCAGAGGAGCUAAAAUCGGAAGACAAUCAAAAGCUAAAUUGUUGGAUAAACUGUUUGUAUCCGAGCUUCCUGAAAGCAAUAAAAGAGAGAAGAUGCAUCAGAAGUUCAAACCUGCUCUGAGAAGGAGAAAGCACGUGGACUUGGGCACUCCAGUUUUAGAGAGGCGACCUGAAGUGCAAGGAGAAUUAUCUCCAUUUGAUGUGAAAGAUCUGCUUCGACCACCUGGAUUUAAGCUUACUACAGUAGAGUCUACUGAUUUCUUGAAAAAAGGAACAAAGGAUGUUCUCCCAGAUACCAACCUGAUCCACUUGAGGAAAUCGUUUGCCUCAGAGAUUCACGGCGCCCGCUCUUUUCAAGACCUGACUGAACACCUGAAGAAGAUGGUGUGCUGCUUCAGAGAAAAGAAUCUCAAAGAGAGGAACGCGUUUCUCCGGGGCCUCCUUCUCAAGUGUGUGCGGCUGAAGCAUCUAGAGUCCCGAGGAUACAGAUUAACUUUGAAGAUGAAAUGUUUGAAAAGAAGCAUCUGCAAAUCCUUGGUUGGACAAAUUUUACCAAAGAAACGCCUGAAUUCCCAAAAAAGGUGGUCUCUGAAGGCUCAUUUUCAAAGGAACAUUCCACUUUGGAAUAAAAAAUUAAGUGUUGAACAGAAGGCCACAGUCUCUCUUCACGAACAUAUGCCAGGAUCAAAUGGAGGUGUGCAGACGUUUAUAAGCAAUCAUUCCAACCAGCGAUCCACCAGCAGACCCCUGACUUCUCACAAAGGUCUUCAACUGAAAUCAUCUGGGAAAUGCACCAGUGACCGAGAUUCGAUCUCUCCGAGCUUAAACACGAGAACUGAGCUGAAGUGCGGCACUGCAGACGAUGCUAUUGAUAAUAUUUUUGAGAGAAUUGGAUUAUAGUCCGUAUCUGAACUCCAUGUUUAAAUCGCUGUACUUUUUGCGGCAAUGGCAUCACAGGAACUUUCUUCCCCAAUUUUAACCAACUUCUACGUGUAAUGAGGUUGGACAAGCAGUGCCACACUUACACUCCAGAUACGAUGUUUUUACAGGAUACAGAAUUGAAUUCCACAGACGUAUGUUCUGCCGAAUUCUAAAAUUGGGUUCAUGUGGGAAAAGCCUGUUUUAAGAAGUUCAGUUUUAUGAACAUCGUAACUACUUCUAAAUUCCAUGAAUUCAUUUACAUUCAAAUCCAGUAGAUGGGUGGGCAGCGACUGAAGUCAUUGAUUACACUCGCUCUCGUACUGUACAAGUAAUCGCUCUCCAUUUUUGAAGAAGGUGUUUUGCUGGUGAAAACUGAAGCCAAAGAAGGUGUAUGAACUGUGACAUUUACUACAUUAUUCUUAAAAAAAAAAAAAAAUUCAGUCAAUUCAAAAUUAUAAUAAUUUACAGAAUAAACACAACACCCAGUUAAAGUUGUCUGCAUGCGUCUCAUAGAGUUGGAGUGCUGGGUUCAAAUCCUAAGUCUUGUCGUCAUCGUCUGUGCAGAAUCUGCAUGAGUUCACUGUGUGUGGGUGAGACGGUGCGGGUCCAUCCUACACUACUGGGUCUUCCCGUUGAGCCUCUUGAACUUGCUACCGCCGAUAAAGUACCUGAGGGAUGAGCCCAGCGAAUGAGGACACAACACCUGUUUAGCAAGGGGUAGGUGAAGAAGUGCUUCAGUGCUUUUAUUAAAACAGUCAAAAAAAAACAGUGUUGUGCAAAUCUACC